AUGGAGUUCCUUUGGACCGGAUCUUGGAUACUGGUGUUGGUGCUCAAUAGCGUCCCAAUUCAAGCUUUCCCCAAACCCGAAGUCAGCCAAGACAAAUCUCUGCAUAAUAGAGAAUUAAGUGCAGAAAGACCUUUGAAUGAACAGAUUGCUGAGGCAGAGGCAGACAAGAUUAAAAAGACAUACCCUCCAGAAAGCAAGUCAAGUGAGAGCAAUUAUUCUUCUAUCGAUAACUUGAACCUGCUAAGGGCGAUAACAGAAAAGGAAAAACUUGAGAAAGAAAAACAAUCCAUAAGAAGCUCCCCAUUUGGUAACAAAUUGAAUGCAGAAGAUGUUGAUUCAACUAAAAAUCGAAAACUGAUUGAUGAGUAUGACUCUACAAAAAGUAGUCUGGACCAUAAAUUUCAAGAUGACCCAGAUGGCCUUCAUCAACUGGAUGGAACUCCCUUAACUGCUGAAGACAUUGUCCACAAAAUUGCUACCAGGAUUUAUGAGGAGAACGACAGAGGAGUGUUUGAUAAGAUUGUUUCUAAACUGCUGAAUCUUGGCCUAAUUACUGAAAGUCAGGCACAUACUCUAGAAGAUGAAGUAGCAGAGGCAUUACAAAAACUGAUUUCAAAAGAAGCCAACAAUUAUGAGGAAGCCCUGGAUAAACCCACAAGCAGGACUGAGUAUCAGGCUGGAAAAAUCCCAGAGAAAGUGACUCCAGUGGCAGCAAUUCAAGAUGGCUUUACUAACAGAGAAAAUGAUGAAACGGUAUCUAACACCUUGACCUUGUCCAACGGCUUGGAAAGGAGAACUAAACCCCACAGUGAAGAUGACUUUGAGGAACUCCAGUAUUUCCCCAAUUUCUAUGCAUUACUGACAAGCAUAGAUUCAGAAAAAGAAGCAAAAGAGAAAGAAACACUGAUCACUAUCAUGAAGACACUGAUUGAUUUUGUGAAAAUGAUGGUCAAAUAUGGCACAAUAUCUCCAGAAGAAGGAGUUUCUUACCUUGAAAACUUGGAUGAAGCAAUUGCUCUGCAGACCAAGAACAAGCUAGAAAAGAAUUCUACUGACAGCAAAAGCAAGCUUUCCCCAGUGCCUUCAGAGAAGAGUCACGAAGAAACAGACAGCACCAAGGAAGAAGCCGCCAAGAUGGAAAAGGAAUAUGGAACCCUGAAGGAUUCUACAAAAGAUGAUAACUCCAACCUAGGAGGAAAGACAGAUCAAGCUAAAGGGAAAACAGAAGCCUAUUUGGAAGCCAUUAGAAAAAACAUCGAAUGGUUGAAGAAACACAACAAAAAAGGAAACAAAGAAGAUUAUGACCUUUCAAAGAUGAGGGACUUUAUCAACCAGCAAGCUGACGCUUAUGUGGAGAAAGGCAUCCUCGAUAAGGAAGAAGCCAAGGCCAUCAAGCGCAUUUACAGCAGCCUGUGAAAACGGCAGGCAGCCUGAGCCCUCAACUGUUCCAGCAAAAACAAUAUAGCUUAAAAUCUAAUUCAGCAGUUAAAG